AUGACACACCACCACAUAUAUAGUUGUUUGUGUUUUGUGGAGGUGAACACCCUGUCAGAGCAGCUGCAGACAGAGCAGGAGGAGGAGGAGGAGGAGGAGGAGGAGGAGGAGGAAGAGGAGGAGGAGGAGGAGGAGGAGGAGGAGGUGAUGGGAGAGAUCUGGUCCAACAGAGUAGUCUCCACAAGCUUCAGUGAUGACAUCUACGUGGUCCUCUUCAGUCUGAGCCCAAAGGAGGAGAAGGCUCUGAAGUCCUGUGAGCGAGACGCCACUCUGUCCAAGCUGUCGCCGCAGCUGCCCCACGCCAGCUCCAGGAGGUCGGUUUGA